AUGUCUCCCGGCAGGUCUCCGAAUACUAUCGCUUUCGGAUGGGCGCUGCUCGCCGUCUUACUCUCGAGCGCGGCAUUGGCUGAGGCAAAGACCAUCAUAGUGGGCUACGGUAUUUUUACUCCCUGGCGGUAUGGAAUUUCUGGAUGGAAGCCAUUUAGGACAGUCCAACCGGGCGACCAGCUUUUGUUCAAGUGGUUGGGGGAGCACGACGUGUGGCAAUUCCCUGCAAAGAUUGCUCAGAAGGGAACCACCCUCUAUUUUGGGUGUGCAGUGGGAAAUCACUGCGCCCGUAAGAUGAAGGCCAAGGUUGUUGUUUCCUGA